AUGGAGGGUAUUCGUCCGAGGAAAGCCUCGGUGCUGAAGAAGCGACCCUCCCUGGCCUUCUUCAACUCGCAGAAACCCACAUUCACCUUCUCCGGUGACACUCCCUCCCGAUACUUUGACUUCAUAGACACACCCUCUCACCACCACCCUCCAUCCCCAUUGAUCGAUCGCCAGAAGAUCGACCCGGCCCUCGAGUCCGAGAUCCGCUUCUCCUGCUCCCUGCUCAUAUACCGAAUCGAACGGGGCGUCCCAUCCACCGAACAAGCUCCCUCCGAGCGAAACUCCGCCCAGAAAGAUGACUCGCCUGCGGCCCACCCCCAGAUCAACUCGAAAUACUACACGCCGCUGGCGGGUCCCGACCUCGCCGCCCUCAAAGACAACCGCUACGACUCGGGCGUCGCCCUAACCGCCCAACCAAGCCGCCAGACUAUGCGCAUUCUGCAGUCCUCGCACUCGGACCGGCCCUCCGAGCCCGACACCGUCCGCCCGGGCUCCUCGUCCAUCUUCAGCCAGCGCCGAUGCACGACCGCCGGCUCGGCCACCACCUACGCCAGCCAGCACUCGCUGCGCGGCGCGCGCCCGCCCACCGAAAUCCAGUCCGUCACCGGCGCCCCCGCCCCAGGACAGACCUCCCCCGCACACAAAAAGGGGACACGCGCGUUCCUGUGCGGGCCCGACCCGAAACCACAAACCUCCACCCCCAACACAGACGACGACAACACCGACCUCUCCGACAGCGACGUCGAAGUGUUCCUCGGCUCCGACGCCGCCUUCCUGUCCACAGACACCGUGCCGAGCUUCCUCUCGACCCCGCCGACGUCCUGGAGCACUACGUCGCCGAGCUUCGCCCUGCCGGACGGGGGGCCUUGCGCAUGA